CUCAGCUUAUACUACCGGAAGCCGCUUCAUUGGCGCAGAAAAACGGGUCUUAUCGGGAUCAUUUUGUGUUUUUUCGGAGCCGUCUGACUUCGAAAACGCUGGAAAUGUAUAAACGAACGAGCGGAGGCUUUGUGUUAGUUUAAGCUCUGACAUGAGGCUCUGACCUCCUCGGACCGUCUCUGCGCUCUGGGCCGAACCUGCGUCCUGAACCAAUGUCCCUCACACUGACCGCCAUGAGCGACAGCGCAGCGGGAGGAGAGCAGUGGGCGGGGCCAGGGCAGGCGCCACGGCAACCACGCGGCCCUUACAUCUCCAUCAUCACCAACAGGAGCACUAACCUCCUGAUCCGCGGGCUGCUCCUCUUCUCGGUGGGCGUGUUCCUGGCUCUGGUCCUGAACCUCCUGCAGGUCCAGAGGAACGUGACCCUGUUCCCCCCGGACGUGAUCAGCAGCAUCUUCUCCUCGGCCUGGUGGGUCCCUCCCUGCUGCGGGACGGCCUCCGCGCUGAUCGGUCUGCUGUACCCGUGUAUCGACAGUCGUCUGGGGGAGCCACACAAGUUCAAGCGGGAGUGGUCCAGUGUGAUGCGCUGCGUGGCCGUUUUCGUCGGGAUCAACCACGCGAGUGCCAAGGUGGACUUUGCCAACAACGUGCAGCUGUCCCUGACCCUGGCGGCGCUCUCCAUCGGCCUGUGGUGGACCUUCGACCGUUCCCGCAGCGGCUUCGGCCUCGGCGUGACCAUCGCUCUGCUCGCCACGCUCGCCACGCAGCUGCUCGUCUACAACGGCCUGUUCCAGUACACGUCUCCAGACUUCCUUUACAUCCGCUCCUGGCUGCCUUGUAUCUUCUUCGCUGGCGUCAUCACCAUGGGAAACAUCGGACGGCAACUGGCUCUGUACGAAUACAAGUUCAUCCAGGAGAAGACGCACCAGGACUGAGGCCGGACUCGGUUCAUUUUCGUAAGACACUUUUUGACCUCGGAGUCCGACUCGGCUGCUCAGUACGGAACUCGGCAUUUCCCAACUCUCAAGGAACAAGGAAAUUGAAUUCUUUGACUUUAUUUGGGACCGAAAAUCCAGACUUUUUGAGAAGCAGCUGUGGCUGGGUGAGACUGUCCAACAACUCAAACUUGAAACGUCUUCAGUAUCAGCGCCUCAGGAUAAAACGUACACUCUAUAGUUUGCGUUCAACGUUCUACAAUCUCAAUAGUUUAAGUUCCGAUGAUUCUCUCACUUUUAUUUUAUUUUUUAUUUGAUUUGAGUAACACCUGUUGUAAAUAUAAAUUAUAGUUUUACACCAAGUUGUGAAGAAAAGUUGAAAACAUGUUGAAAAAAUGACAAGUCUGUUUUAGAGGUACGCUGCGUAACUUUUCGUUUGGGGGUCCGUCACCUUCUUGUUUCUAUGGAUACGUCAUCGCUGUACCUGGAAUGUUCCGCAGUGUGACGUUAAAGCGGCUCGACUCAACAUUUAUUCGAUUACAGGUGCUUUUAUAGCUCAGAAAUACCGAGAAAAACUGACAUUCUGGCCGUGAGCGGGGGUCGCCUCUGCGCAGAUCUGACCUGUAACUUGGUCUGGAAUGUUUCACGGUGUGGCGUUAAACCUUUCUGUGGUCAUGGAGAACGUCUGCAUGGAGAAAAAAGCAAAAACGGACCCUCCGCCAGAAAAUUUACACAACGUACCUUGAGUUUCUUGAUGACGUCACACUGGGAGAACUGUGUACAAAAGUUCACCACGAUUUACACAAAAGAAACAUGUUUUUAUGAUAUUUUAAACAUUAUUUGAAAAAAAAAUUACAUGAGUAGGGAUGCACCAAUCCAGUUUUGUCAGUUCCAAAACUAAUAUCGAUACUAUGGCUUUAAAAAUCUGAUGAUAUCCAACCUCAACCGAUUCCAGUCUAGGGACUAGGGUUGGACGGUGUUACAGUAUUACAGACUGGUGAGAGCUGGUCUCAAAAAAUAAAUAAAUAAAUACUAGUACUUCAGCGAUUUAGCAACAUUUUGGCUUGAGGACACGUUUUACAGAAACGAAACUUAAAACGUUUAUUCGAUAAUAUUAUAAUUUAUUGAUCCCUAAAUUAGUUUUCUCAGCUCAAAUGAAUGUGCGAUUUUAUUUUCAGUUUAAUUAUAUCAUGAUUUAAAUCUAAUAGUGUCUAUAAUUUAUUCUUUUAACUGCGUGAGGAGACGACGUUCGAUUAGUUUCGUUCUGUUUCCACGUGACGCUCAUAAGAGACCAAGACAAGACGGCAAGUCCGACCGCAAGAGAGCUGGUCCCCAAAAAACAAAAAAAUACUAGUACUUCAACGAUUUUGCAACAUUUUGGCUUGAGGACACGUUUUACAGAAAACGUUUAUUCGAUUUGUAGGUGGAUUUAUAGCUCAGAAAUACCUAGAAAAACUGACAUUUUGGCAGUGAGCGAAGUCGCCUCUCGCCUCGUUAAACUUUUCUGUCAUCGUGGAGAACAAACCAGGCCAAGAAAUAACAUCUGCAUAGAGGAAAAAAAAAAAGCAAAAACUGACCCUCCGCCAGAAAAUUUACACAACGUACCUUGAUUUUCUUGAUGACGUCACAGUGGGAGAACUGUGUACAAAAGUUUGGCCCGAUUUACACAAAAGAAACACGUUUUUCGGAUAUUUUAAACAUUAUUUGCAAAAAAUACAUAUUAGUAGUUUUUCAGUUCCAAAACUAAUAUCGAUACUAUUGUUUUAAAAAUCUGACGAUCCAACCUCAACCGAUUCCAGUCUAGGGACUAGGGUUGGGCAGUAUUACAGUAUUACAGUAUUACUGUAUACCACGGUAUCGAAAAGUAGUAACGGUGUCAGUUUCAUCACCGUCAUUAAAAAUAUCUACAGUGCAUAACGACCUAAUAUAAUAUUAUAAUUUAUUGAUCCCUAAAUUAGUUUUCUCAGCUCAAAUGAAUGCGAUUUUAUUUUCAGUUUAAUUCUAUCAUGAUUUAAAUCUAAUAGUGUCUAUAAUUUAUUCUUUUAACUGCGUGAAGGGAUGGGCAUGAUUAGUCGAUAAUUGAUCAUUAAGAAUUUCGUCCAUUACGUUCAUUUUUAAUCGACAAACCAAAUGUAGGUCGCUGUGCGUAGCGUAGGGAGACCAAACGUCCGUUUUUCCCCGGACAUGUCCGUUUUCCACGUCCUGUCUCGGCCGUCGGGGUUUUUUUUUUUUUUAUAAAGUGAUGCAAAUGUUCGGGUUUUCAUUUCCUUUCAUUGGGACGUUAAACUGAGCGUCUCUCGUAGCGUCUGUAACUCAGAAGGAGCGAGACACAAACAGUGGGUCAGUCUGCAACACGCCGAAGCACAAAUGUGUAUUUAACGAUGACUUGUACAAGAAAUUCCCCGUUUUCCGUUCCGUUCGGGACAAGUUUGAGUCCAUGUCCACAGUGUACAAAGCAGCACAUAUGUUUCGGUGUCCAGUGGUGGUGUCAGGGACCUCAAAGCACCAGGACACCAAAAAACAUUAAAAAGUUUUUCCAGGUGAGAGUCGCUCAAUGUGGAUGACGAGGCCCCGCCCCCCUCCCCCCGUACGCUGUCCUGGUUUUGACAAACACAAAUCUGGUCACACUAACCUGUAUUCACCUGAGUCAUGUCUUUUAAUCUGACAGAAAUUGAACCACAUCAGCGACACGAGCAGUUUUUCUUCACUUAGUUUAUGCAAAUUAGCCAUGUGGUUUUAAGUUUUGUUUCUGUGAGAUUUGCGCAAAACUGAAUUAAACACAUUAUAAUGUCAAACGGGCUGAUGUGGCUCUAGAGUCGUUACGGUUUAUAUGUCGUAAUGUUUAAUUUAUUUAUGCAGAUUAGUAGCGCGGAUAGUAAUAAUAAUGAUGAUCAUUUUAAUCGAUUGUUAAUUCUCCCGACGAUCGAUUAAGAAAAUUUAAUGGAAUGCCCAUCCCUAGCACUUAUACUUUUUUAAUUUGUUACUUUCUACCACAGUGCGGAUAAAACCAACAGUGAGGCCUGUGAAAAGACGCUCAUUCUCGGAGCACAUGGAAAAUGCAGAGUAAACAAAGUCGGAUUUAGCGCUCGCAUCGACAGGUCCUCGACGUGGAAAGUACAGAGUGGUAUCGGCUCGGUGGUUUGGUCCGAGUACUCGCCGAUACCGAAACUGAAAAAUAUUUAGCGAUAUUUUGUCCCGCUCAUACCUGCAAAUCCGACGAGAUGUGGACUUUGGAGAAAAGCUGCAAAACCUAAAACAAAAACGUUAAAGAAAAUGACGUUUGGCUGUAAUUCAAGAAGUGCUCCUCAGUGUUUUUAAAGUUAUAGGAUUUUUUUAUACCAAUCCAACCCAUCAUCCCUGUUGUUCAACUUUUAUUAUUUCCUAAUUGUGGAAAACUAACUGUAAAGGUGCAUUGCGUAACUUUUCUGCUCGUCUCCAUGGUGAUGUUAUGACGAUGUUUCCUGGGAUGUUCCACAGUAUGGCAUUACACCAAUAUAUCUUCGAUUACGGGUGUUUUUCAUUCUCAAAACUUUACUUUCUUUCUCAAAAAAAACGUAAAAACUUGUCACUGCGAGCCGGCCCACUCCUCCACAGACCUGACCUGUAACUCGCCCCGCUGGUGUGGGCCUCCUCGUCUCCAUGGAGAUACUUAAAUUAAACGGCAUACUGCGGAAACGGCAACGCAUCUACAUGGAAUCAAGCAGGGUUAGGGUUAAAAAAGUCACGCAAUGCGGCUUUAAAUACAGAUACUAUUGUUACUGAUAUAUGUCGUUCAUUAUGUCCUCAUUUUUCUAAAAUAUUUUUCUGUUUUGACAUGUUUUAUCCUCUUUGUACUAGAGUUUUUCAAAAAAGGGACACGGAUUUUCGCCAGUAUGUUGUGUGGACCUGAAACUGUACUUUUUUGUUUUGUUUUAAAUGUCUCUCAAAAAACACGCUUUCAGUUUUAAAAGAGGGGCUGCUUCAUUUCCUUUAAACGUAUUUCAGCUGUUCGACAUUAUUGGCCAGACGUGUCAAAUAAAAGAAGAAAUAUACGGUAUCAAAAAGUAAACAAAAAAGUCUUAAACGCAUUACCGUAUUUGUCGGACUAUGAGGCGCAAUAUGAAUAAUGUUGAAUUCUCUCGUCUAUUUUCAUACAUAAGGUGCACCGGAUUAUAAGGAGCAUUAAGGGGCCGUCCACACGACAACAUUUUUUUUGGUAAAAACUGAGAAGUUUUUUUUUCGUUUUGGCCUUUCGUCCACACGGUGCCGGCGUUUUGGGGUGGGCGAAAACAGAUCACAGGGUCCUCUGAUGCAGCGAAGCCUGUGGCCCUCGAACUGGCCUCCACAGAGCCGCUCCUGUCGCCCGGCAUCCGAGACACGCUGUUAGUACUAAUGCUAACAACACACCGCAGAUUACGCACACGGAUUAAUUACAAAGACUAUGUUUACACUGAAGCGAAUCCACGUUAUCACCGUAUCAGAAACGAUCUGCGUCCAGACACUUUGUUUCUGUGUCCGCAGGCCUUCCCUAUCCACACAGCUUUGAGCAUAUUUGUUUACGUUUUAUAGAAACAAAACUUAAAGGUUGUAUAGAGGAUUUUUUUAAGAGAAAUACAGUGACCGUCCUUGUGCGCGUUCAGAAUUACUGUUGAAGUUUCCUGUCUAGAGGUAAUUUAUCGACCGACGCGUCAGUUUUUAGACCCUUCGUCUGUUUCAUUCGCACCAUCACUGGAAGGAAUCUCCAAGAAUCACCUCAGUUUAGCUUCGCUCCUUUUCUCCUUCUCUUCUUCUUUCAGCGACCUCAAAAAUGGACUUUCUUUUGCGGCGAACUGGUCGUGGAUUCUCGUCCACUGUCGUGACAAACUUUGUACGAAAUGUGAGGAAGCGACAGUUUGAAAAAGCCUCUAAGAACCUCUACAUAACACGUAAUCCCCGCGCUUCGAUGAGUCAGUUACACUAGGGAGUUUGAUUGACAACCUAACAGCCAAUAGAAAAUGAGGGAGCCUCGUUUUCUAUUGGCUGAUGUUUAUCUGGCCUCAACACGUCCACAGUUGAUAGAUUUUCAUUCUUUUUUUUUUGGUCAUCAUAAUUACAAAGCUGCUGCGUCUCUAUAAUGGUAUUUUAAUCUUUCAUUGACAAUUUGAAACAAAAAAAAAAUCCUCCAUACAACCUUUAAAACCGCAUGGCUAAUUAGCAUAAACUAAGCAUACAAAAAGAAAAGCUCGCUAUUGUGCGCUGAUGUGGUUGAGCUUCUGUCGGACUAAAGGACACGACUCAGUGGAAUAUGAGUGUUCUUUCUGUGACUUAUGUUUAACUUUUGCAAAACAAAACGGUGAUAUUUAUGGGAUACAUCUAUAAUCGGCUAAAUUACCUUAAAGUUUAAAAAACCGUGAUGAGAUCUGCUUUAUUAAAUAUUGUUACCAUUGUAACAGCGCCACAUACAGGUGUGACAUGUGUAUUAUAUCGUUUUCACUCAGUGCUCCGUUGUUGUGUGGACGUGAACAUUUACUGAUCCGGCACGUGUGUGGACGCAAAUUUUUUUUCAACCCGCAAAGAAAAAAAUCCAGGAGCGUUGUCGUGUAGACGUAGCCUAAGUCCAGGCGUCCAGGAUCCACCGGCAGAUCGUGGUGUAAUUCGCCCGGCGUUGCCUCCCCGUCUUGGUGAAUGUGGAUUAUGAAUGUGAAUGUGGGAGGAUCAUUUACGAUUGUUUUUUUUAUUUCCUAUGAAAAUGACUCAACUAUCCAUUGAGUAAUAAUGUGUUUAAUGCAGCUUUGCGCACAUUUGUUUACGUUUUACAGAAACAAAACUUAAAACCACAUGACUCAUUUGCAUAAACUAUAAGCGCUGAAAAAAAACAGUGAUUUUGACAGAUUUUUGAGCGCAGUGUACCACAUAAAAUCAGUUCGAGGUCAGUAAACACAACCAGAAUUAAUACAUAAGGUGCACUGGAUUUUAUUUUUGAGAAAAUUAAAGGAUUUUAAAUGCGCCUUAUAGUCCGAAAAAUACGGUACUGUGUUUGGAAUCGGCGGAAUCGAGGAAGUCCUGUGCGAUGUCACGUAGUACUUGAAACUGGAGUCGACCGGAGGCAGCACACACAGUUUUUGACCAUUUUUGUACACAAAUAUGCAACUUUACUUAAUAUUUUCUACUAAAAUUGUGAAAAAAAAAGACGACGUAACUACAUUAUUAUCAAUAUUGUUGUUAUUAUUAUUAAAACACCAUAUACACCGUUUAGUAGCAAAAAAAAAGGUAAUACCAGGUUCCCUUAACGUCUUAAAAUGUCUUCUCUGUCUGGAAUGUUUCACGGUGUGGCUUUAAACCUUUUCAUCUUCACAGAAACCAAACCAGAUCUGUGGAGAGGCGACGCCGCUCCCUGUCAGAAUGCUGUUUUUCUACGUCUUUUUGAGCUAUUAAACCACUUGUAAUUGGAUAAAAAAUGUAAAGUGGAGCUGUUUAAAGUCACACUGCGGAACAUUCCAGGCAGAGCUGUGACGGCGACGGACCCUCCACCAGAAAAGUUACACAAUACACCUUUUUAAGUCGCAAAAAAAAGUUGAUUUAGCACCGAUUUGUCUUUAAAAUACGUCAAAAAUGCUGAAAAACGCACUAUAGAACUGUACUGAUACUUACGUUUAUUUACAACAACUUUAUAACAACGACGGUAAUAAAACUUGUACCGACAUAAGUUUUCUAGUAUUAAAGGGUUUGAGUUGAGCACUUUUCUCCUCGUAGGGCCAGAGGUUCCGUGUCAUGUCCAAGAACAGUAUGUUUUUUGUAUCUUCCUCUGUAUUUCUGGUUCGUGUUGAAUACAGUAAAAACAAAAAAAAAACAAAAAACACAAAUGUACCAGAUCUCAGCAAGCGAAAGCUGUUAUUGUGUUAUUACAUUGUUAUUAAAGCUCGGUUUGAUAA